CGGAAAGUCAGCAAAUUGGUCUAAUGUUUCCACGGUUCUGAAACUGAAAGUAAUUGCGUGUAAAUUACCAGUAUGAAUGUGCUUUGGUCGGUGUAUACGUUUAUUAUUAUAUUGCAAAACACUUGGGCAAGUCAAAGAAUUGUUGGAGGUCGCAUAGCCAAACCUGGUGAAUUCCCAUACACUCUAAGUUUAAGAAUCGGUGGGUCCCACAUAUGCGGGGCAACUUUAAUUAGCAAUGACACGGCUAUAUCGGCGUCCCAUUGCUUCGAAUACACCGGCUCCUACACCGUGAGAGCAGGAAGUAACUUCCUGCACAAGGGAGGAGUUGUAACCAACGUAAGAAAAGCCAUCCUGCAUCCGUAUCACCGGGAUGAAAACCAAGACUACGACUUCGCCAUCUUGAAGCUCGACCCGCCUUUGAAGUUGUCUUCGACUAUACAGCCGAUUAAACUGGGCCUUUCCGAAGAGAGCUGUUUGAAGGAGGGGGCCAAAGGAACGGUGACGGGUUGGGGAUCCCUCAACGCCAACUUCCCGGGCGCCGUGGAGAACAUGCGCGUCGUCCAAUUGCCCGUGUUGCCCAUGUCGUAUUGCAAAACCAGUUACAACAUGGUUGAGAUUACAACGAGAAUGUUCUGCGCCGGGUACCGGGAAGGAGGCAAAGAUUCUUGCCAGGGCGAUUCUGGCGGGCCGUUCGUCGUAAACGGGCGUUUGUGCGGCGUGGUGUCCUGGGGAUUCAACUGCGCCCAACCCGGUUAUCCUGGAGUUUACACGAACGUACCGAUGUUCAGAUCAUUCGUAAGAGUCAACCGUAAAUAAAGUUAGAAAACACCAUCUCCUCUAAACCAGUAAAUACCGUUGCAUUUUAAUAUCCCACUUCUGCACUUCAAUUUAGUAAUUUCGCUCUGAAAUGUAUCGCUACGUAGGCGACUCCGAUGGAAAACAAGGCCGCUAGCAAUUCGCAGGAUAACCAAGGACCUUCGUAAACACCGGAAUGGUUAAUUUUCACUGUAGCAAACACCGGUAUGUCCGAUAUAUUCUCGCCGUUCCUGAUCGCUUUUCUGAUCACCAAAUAGCCGGUUUCGUUGUAAACGUCGAUGCUGAUGACGCCGAUUUUGGCGGUUUUCACGUCCUCGGUCCAGCUGAUUUGGUAUUUAUCCUGGCCCACUUGGGCGACCGGCGUCAUCCCGUCGCCCAGCUUGGCGUAGAGGUUCCCGGCGCUGCCCGACUCGCAUUUCACGUAGAAAUUCGAAAUGUACGCGACGUGCUUGAGUAUCGUGGCGUCCUGGGUGGUGUACGACGUCGAAAUUAUUUGCGGGUUCUCGCAGUUUUCCGCUGUGGCCGCCAACAGGCCGCUCAAAAUGUGCAGUAUUAG